GUUUCACUUUGCACAUUCUUGAAUGCUGAAGGGGUCCAAGGUUCACUGGGGGAACAGUGGGGCCUGGGAAGCUGCUGGGGCAGGGCUGAACAGCACUGCUGCAGGACUCAGUGAGCAAUAUAUUACCAAGGAAGAAAGGAUACCUAGCACAGUAACAAGAAAAAUCAUGACAGAAGAGACCAGGUUCUGCAAAAACUGUAAAAGAGGUGUGCAUGCUGCCAACUUCUCCCUCCAUGAGGCCCACUGCUUGCUGUUUCUCACACUCUGUCCAGAAUGUGAUAAACCAGUUGCCCAAAAUGAUAUGAAAAGUCAUCAAACAGAAGCACACAAGCAGCACUUUUUCACGAACAACCUCUUGAUGAUGAGCAUCAAAAUGAAAUGGAGAUCAUCUCAGCAGCUUGAAGUUGCAUUGACAUGUGAAAGCACUAACAGUGGUAUGUCCUGUCAUAAGGACGUGAACUUUCAAGUCAGUGAAGCAUCUACUAAUGCAAAAUUUAUUUACUCCACCGGUACCGCUGACAAUCUUUGUGUGAGGUGCAAUAAGUCAUUCCCAGAUGACCAGUACUCCCAACAUCAGCAGAAUAAAAGCAGUACAGCUCAUAAGCUGACAGAAGUUCUUGCUGUCCAGUCAACUUCAAAACCCAGCAGUGAUCCACCACAGCCUUCUACCUCCCUGGCUCCCUCUUCCAGUUCUGAAAAGGCAACAGCAUGGAAAGAUCUCUGUCCCAAAGGGAAAGGAAGGUACCAUCCAUUGACCUCCAAAACCUCGCCCAAACCUUCAAAGAACAAAAAGAUGGUUGGCUUUCCUUCUCCCACAAGAGGCAGACUUUCCACAUCACCUCAAGCUCUUAAAGACACCUGGUCUUACGACUUGCUGGUGACCUGUGCCCACUGCAACGUUAUUCUGCCACUUCCAACUCUUCAGAAACAUGAGGUGAGAGGUGAUGUAUUGGACUCAGCCUCCUACAUGCUUGAACAAAGAGCCACACCUGCAUAUUAAUAAGUAUUUGCUACUUAUCCCCUCACUGCCCAGGGUCCAUUUGCUCACAUCUAUACAAACAAGAUCCAUUGCCUAUUUUUUAGGCACCUGAUUUUUAGGGAAAUACUAACCACAACUCAAGCCAUUAAUUUUAAGCUCAAAUCCUGGAAAGUCUUCAGUGCCACUCUUUUGUUCUGAAGGCUGGUAUUGUUCCUGCUAAUCAAACACUCUAUCUGUAUUAGAGAUGGAGCUCUAGAUAAUUUUGCAUCCCAAUAAAGGGGCCUAGCUGCCUCGCUACUGAAUGUGAUUGUGGGUUGAAUAUAAUGUUCUCCUCCAAUAUAACUAUUAUUUAUAUUUUAGAUCAAAUGUCUACCUUUGAUGUCUUUGAGAAAUGCUAAGAUGAACUAAAUAUCAAACAGUGGAAAAAAAGGUAUUGCAGAAUUUCAGAAACCUAGAACAGGAUCCAUCAUUCAGGAUUAUUCUGUACUGGGUUAAUAGGAACAAUUUUGCAGAGGAAGUGCAUCUGGAAGAGCUAAUACUUGGAAUAUCACAAAGCUUUUUGGAUUCCAACACAUACUGCAUUCCCAUGAGGUUCUUGAAGUGACUCAACAGAGAGUUUUAGUAACAAAGUAAUGCAAAAGGCUAGUUUUUCAUUUUAGUACUGGAAUUAAGAGGAAGCUAGUUUAGGUCAAGAGAAAGAAGAAAAAUAAUAAUUUUGGGUUUCCCCAGCAUUCUCUCCUCUCUCUCCCCCCUCCCACCCAGCAGAAAACAUGUGUGAAGAAUGCAUUUUAGACAGCUGUGAAAUAAAAAAGUUGAUUUGGGCUUCUAAAAGUGUACAUUUCACAAAAUCACAAAAUGGUUAAGGUUAGAAGGGACCUCUGGAGGUCAUUUGGUCCAACACUCCUGCUAAAGCAGAGACACCUAGAAUAAGUUGCCCAGGACCAUGUCCAGACAGCUUUUGAAGACUUCUAUGGAAGAGGACUCCACUACUCUGGGCAAGCUAGUUUCCAGCAAGGUAUUUACAAAAUUCAUGCCUGCUUGCACUUAAUCCAAAAGUGCCUUUUUCAGUAAGCUAUUUGAGCAAACACUGCUUCAGAGCCCUUGUAUUUUCA